UGUAGGGCCAGCGUGAGAUCACCGGUUCGAACCCGGUAACCCUCGACUUCGGGAUUGUUUCCAUUUUGUCUGGGCCAUUCUCACGACCUUCUUUUUGCUUGUUCGGGACUCCCCUAGGUGGUUUGAGGAAGUCUUUUGGCACAGACUUCGCACUUUUGGAGAGAGAUGUGGUACAGUCGCAGCAGAGGCUCCCAACCUCCCGCACAUCAAUCCAGCGGACCCCUCUCCUCCACACCCACACUCCCGCACGUCGCGUAAGAGUACCUUGAGACUGGGGCAUCGCGGUCCGAAGGCCUCCUCACUGAGAAUUCAACUCUGGUUGCAUCUGCUUGAGAAACCUUGCUCCCGAACAGCAAUUCUCCUAUGCACCGCUUAACGCCAAGGAGCCCCGGGCCAGUGGGUCCGUCGCCUUGGACCCCCGGCGCUUCCCGCUCAGCCGAAGGAACACCGCAGAGAUCGUCGACCUCGGCCUCGCCAGGUUGGUCCUCGCCCAGUAUCCAAUCACGGACAGGUGCUGGACAGUCUCAAGCUCGCUAUGCUCGAAACUCGCCGAGAGGAGUAGCUAUGGCCAAUGCCUCGCCUUUCGCAGCAGCUUACCGCGGUGGGGUGGACGACGACCAGAGUUUCGCGAACCUUCCAGCAUCACCACAGUCUUCGGGGACCCCGCGGAAGCGUCCCGUUACACAUUUAGCAGCAGCGACUCCGGUAGGCAAAGGGAUUGAGUCGAGGGGAAAUUCGGAGGCUACACCCGGAACGCCUUUGCGAUGGGAGCAUCCAGCUUUGGGGGAGGUCGCGCAGAAGCUUUCGAAACAGGGGUUCACUGAUCUAGACCGGCGGAGACUUGUUUGGAACAUAUGGACGCUGCUUGGAUUGCUUUUUGCAUACGUGGUGGGGUGGUACGAGGCGCUGAGGAGCGCUUUUCCGAGCUUCAUAUCUCCAUCUAUCCCGCAAUUCGCAUUUGCGGGAUACUUGUUCGUGACGGUGUUCAACGUGGUGGAAUUGUUGGUUCGCUUCUUCAAGCCGACACCCAGCUUUGCGGAGUACGCCCUGACGCCGGUGCAGAGGAAGCUGCUGGGCUUGGAUCCAUCGACGCCCGCCGGCCCCGAAAGCAAGAAAUUUAACUCGGUGCGGAAGCCGUCGUUUGAAUCUGGUCGGACAUCACUAUCUUCAAAGAAGCCCGCCGCGACGACAGAUAAUGCAGCUUCAUCAAAAAGCGCAUCGUACCAAACGCCGCAACGAGCCGAACCUAGAUCUUUUGUCUCGUCUCCUGUUUCACCUCUAGCAAAGUACAUGCUGUCCUCCUCCCCAGCGCAUAUGCACCUGGAAAAAAUAAGAGACAAACGCGCACUGGAGGAGUUGCUGCAAAGAGCAGAAGAUCCCGAAGAACAUACCGGAGACCACAGCCACGACGACUCCUAUUCGAGAUACGCCUCCCCUACACGAUCUCUCGCCGGUCUGCAAAGCGUCACGCCUAAGAUACCCAAGUUCCAACCGGCGUCCAAGACAUCCACGCCCGCGAAAGUUCAAGAGCGGAUUGAGGACGGCUUGGUGAUCAAGGAGCCGCAAAAGACGGAGGAGGAGUGGCGAGUGGACAACUGUAUCAGCGAGUGGACAGAAAACAUGCGUGCGUGGUUAGCAUUACGGGUUAUCAAACCGCUCGCUCGUCGGAUCACGCAGUUGGAUACACAGUUCGGCAAAGAAGGGCUCGGACAUCUCGCGUGCGAUGCGGCUACGAUGCAGGCAGGGAUGAUGGCCGCGAACGUGGCAGCGAUGGCGGCCAUCACGGCAUCAACGACGCAGCAGGCCCCACCCGCCUUUGGAGGGUCGAGUGGGAUGUUUGGAGCAACGCAGUCUACCGGUGGGAUGUUUGGACAAUCGACGCAACAGAGUAAUGCCGUGCCGCAGACGCUGUACGAGUUGAGUCAGAAGUACAAGACUGCACCAUUAGUUCAAGAACGUUUAAAGCUGGAGAACCACCUUACGAUAUCUGACUUCAACUGCCGAAGUUACGUGGUAGCUCGAAUCAAAACCCUCGCCCAAGGCAAUAACCUCGCCAACUUCGAGUGGAACGGCGGAUCGAAAUGGGAAGGCAAGCGAUGGUCGCACGACUGGCUCCCGACCGAUUCACAGCUCGUUCUACAUCUAUUCUGCCGAUACUUAGACGAGAAGAUGCCGGGAGAGAACUUUGCGACUUACGGCAACUUUACGUUCAGUUCAAAGUACUUUAUUCCGACCGGUGCUAAGCCGACACCAGGACACGGGAUACAAAUCCGCCAUUAUACCAAGUGGCCACCACAUUACCAGACUGUUGCGGAAGGCAUUGUUUAUGAUGUUUACUCGGGGCGGAACAAUGUGUUCCACAAUCUGUGUCUCUUUGCAUUUUACAUCAAGGUCAAAGCUGCUGGUUACGUCGGAAACCUCCAUGUCGGCGGCAAAUCCAUCGAGCUGACAAACUCCGUCCGCGGCGGACCCGUCGCGGGCGGGCUGGAGGAGUUCAAAAAGACGUUCUUGGUAUCGAACAACGCUGUUGCGGCGGAUAGCGAUGCCCGGGUGGGGAACACGUCAUUGUUCGGGAGGCUGGGGAGCUCGAUUGGGUUAGGAAGGAGUGGGUUUGGGGGUCUUGAUCGGUAGUCAGGAGAGAUGGGCGUGGGGAUGUUGACGGCGGUGCAGGCGCGUCUAGAGAGCGAGGUGAUAAACUGAGCGACUAUUCGAAUCAUGAACUUCGGGACCAGAGCGCCUAUUUGGAAUACUGUACAGAUGGUUCAGUUGGGCGGGUCCUCUGCCCUAAGGGAAUGUCGCCCCGGGCUGUAUGCAUAGAUGAAGAUGAAAAUAAUUGCAAAAAUGGCGGG